UCUCUGAUUGUGUUUAGGGAUCAAUCAUCGCCGUCUUCUACAACUGCCUACUUGCUCUCAACCGGAUUUAGUUCCCAUUCUUCUUUUUCGGCAGACCGAAGACGUAGCAGAGAAAUGUCGUCGCCUCAUCUUCAGUGGCUCAUCACCCGUAAAAACAGCUCCUUCAUCCUGAAGAAGCGUAAUGUCAAGCAGCCUUUCAGCACGGAACCACUUCACUUGACAAACAGGCAUUGCUACAAGUACAACACUUUGGUCCACAAAAAUGUCAUUGGUGUUGAACCAGCCAAGGAUAAAAAUGGAUUUGUCGUUGCUAUGAAGAGCAAGACGAAAGUGUUCAAGCCCAAGGCAUCCAUCAUCCGAUUCCAGAUCAAGUCUGGUCCUCGUCACACCUUGGCUAAGCUUCGUAACAUUGUGAAGGCUGGUUACCGCAAGGACUGCAGGAGUGCAGUGCUGAAGAAGGCCUCUGCCAUCAUCCGCUCAGAGAAGACCCGAGUAGCCAAGAAGGCUAAGCCCGCGAAGAAAGCUGAAUAAGCCACUGUAUUACAAGAGUUUUAACUAAAAUAAAUUCUUGUGGGUACAAAA